AUGGUAAUAAAAAUAACAGAUCAAAUUAAUAACAGUGUACAAAAACAGGAUCCGUUUGCAAAACUACUCGGCGAUUUUGGACGAUGGCAGUUUUUGGUGUUCGGCACAGUAUCGCUUGUAAAGUUAAGUUCAGGAUGGGUUCAGAUGGCAAUAUUAUUCUUGAUACCGAACUUGACAUUUUGGUGCGCGAAUCUACCGAACGCUACAGAAGAAUUGUUGAACAAUACUUGUUAUAAAGAGUGCUUGGAGUAUAAGUACGAUGUUAGUCCCUUUGAUAACACUAUAGUGUCUGAGUGGGACUUAAUAUGCGAGAGAAGAUGGUUGGCGAGCUUUACACAGAUGAUGCUGCAGCUUGGAGUCCUGGUCGGUAGUGUGAUCUUUGGAUUUCUGUCAGACAGAUAUGGCCGCAAGAAUACCUUUCUGGUGGCAAUUUCAACAGUCAUCCUAUUCGGGCUUGGUAUCCCAUUCUCUCCCAACUACAUCGUUUUUACCACCCUGAGGACAUUCCUCGGCAUGGCCACUGCUGGGACCAUGGUUGUGUCAUUCGUGAUCGUAAUGGAGUCUGUGGGGCCCCGGUACAGGGAAGUAGCUGGGUGCCUCUUCCAAAUACCUUUUAUUAUCGGUCACAUGACCGUUCCACUGUUUGCCUAUUACUUCCGCAGCUGGGACAAAUAUACAUUGGCCUUGGGCAUUCCUCCGCUGAUCUACCUGGGCUACUUUUUCACGCUCACUGAGUCCCCCCGGUGGCUGGUUAGCCAUGGGAGGGUAGAGGAAGCUACCAAGAUCGUCAAGAAAGCUGCUGCUAUUAAUAAUCUGCCAACUGCGAAGAUAGAAGAUAUUCUAACGCAGUUAUCUCAGGAGAUUAGGAAGAAUUCUGAAGAGCCCCGCCUAAACUACACGGCGCUGUUCCAAAAGUCACUGGUGGCGAAGACAGCGUGCUGCAGCAUCAUGUGGCUGGUUGUCGGCAUCAUAUUCUUUGGGUUUAACCAGUACAUCAGUCAGACAAGUCCAGAUCCGUUCAUAAGUGUGGCUCUUGCUGGAGUGAUUCAGAUUCCAUCUAACCUCAUCUCCAUCUGGUUAAUCAAGAGAUUCGGCAGACGCCUCACCAUCUCAAUUUUCUACAUCCUCGGCGGUGUCGUCGUGAUCAUCCUCUACUUCGUCCCUAAGAUCUUCGCCAUCACCCUGACUCUCGGCACAUUGGGGGUCAGCUGUGCGGCUAUCGUCGCUACCUCCAUUUACAUAUACACUUCAGAACUGUACCCAACAGUUGUUAGGAAUAUGGGUAUUGGAGCCAGUUCUACUUCGAUGAGGAUAGGGUCGAUGUUAGCUCCUUUUAUUGCAGAUACAGUUGUCAGUGUUCCGUGGAUGCCCACAGCCAUAUUUGGUGUAGCAGCCCUGGUUGCUGGGUUGGUGUGUUUGUUACUGCCUGAGACGAAGGGCACCACCUUACCUGAUAGCAUAGAAGACGUGCAAAAUGUGAAAUGA